AUGUCUUUGUUAUUGCUCCCUAACCUUUUCCCAUACCCUCUUCCACCACUUCUUCUAUUUUUCUUCCCCUUUGCCCCCCUCUUUCACUCCCUUAGGAUGAAACCGAGGGGAAGGUCAGCUUGGCCUUGGCAGGUGGCCUUCCUUGUUGCCUUGGUGAUGCUCUGGGUUGACCCAGUGUCUGCUGGCAACCGUAAUCACCGGGGACCCACAGUAUCAUACCAGGUGAAGCAGGGUACCUGUGAGGUGGUGGCCAUCCAUCGAUGCUGCAAUAAGAAUAAGAUUGAGGAGCGUUCUCAGACCGUCAAGUGUUCCUGUUUCCCAGGGCAGGUCGCUGGCACCACAAGGGCCAGACCAUCCUGUGUGGAA